CGUGUUUCACAGUCACAAGAAGAGAACCGGAAGAAAGAUAAAAAUGUUGAUGGAUGACCGGCACCACGGAGGCUCCACAUCCAGUUCCAGUCUGGGACAGCACGGUGACAUGAUGGCUGGAUGCGGCCCUGAUGUGGACACCGAUGCAGCGAGAGCCUAUGCGCAAAUCAAUAGGAACAUGUCCGCUGGUAUGGCUAUUUCUUUUCCGGUACGGAUCCUGAAUUCGACUUCCUCGCGCAGAUGAUUCCGCAUCACAAAGCUGCCAGCGAGAUGUGCAGCGUGUGGGAAACGCAGACACCGGUCCGGGAGGUCGCGUGGAAUCAGACGAGGAAUGCUGGUAUAGCGAGUUUGUGCUACAACAUCACUUUUGGUGCAGCAAAGUGGGGUAUCUACCAAUCGGACUUCUCGCAGCCUGCGGAAACCCAACAAAUGCUAACGGUAACCGGGAUGUUGGGAAAGACUGCGCAGUACGAGAAUGGCUGUCGGGAUUUGACGACGUGCGAAAGGAAUGUGGCCAUCGAUAACGCAGACGUGCUCUUGCGUUUAACAAAUACCAGUAGUGAAGAAGUUUUAGCGAAUCUACUACCGCCCGCACCUUAUUUUUCAUCUUCAGGGAAUGAUAACGCAAGCUCCACCAGCGGAGCGUCUUCUGCUUCUUCUAUGUCAUUCUUGACAAUGCACGGCGACCACAAGAUGUUCAUGGGUUGUGGUGCGAAUCUUACUCUUGUGAUGAAUACCGAUUCCGUUGCUGCUCCUGCAACUACAACAAGUCCACAUUCGAUGAUCAUUCAGUAUUUGCAUUUGAAUAUGUGGAUGCAUGCUCGUAUGGCGUUCAACUGGACCGGAGACGCAGACUUGGACUUUCUUCUGGGCAUGCUGCCGCAUCAUCAAGCUGCCAUCGCGAUGUGCAAUAUCUACUACGCUCACUGGAGGUGUGCGCCAGCCCGUAGAGUGUCAAUGUGCAGCGUCGAAUCGGAGCGGUCGCGCGCAGUGGGCACCUUAGACAUGCAAAACCGGGUAAACAGGCAGGAUUGGAGUCGGAUAGAUGUAUUGCCUUAUACAUGGAGCAUAUCUGUAUGGACCACAUACUAGAGACGCAACCAGAUGAGGUAGCGUGGAUGGAACAUGAAAUUCAAAGAUUGCGCGAAAAAUCCUACAGCAACGCGAAUAAAACGACAAAUUUGUCAGCAUCGUGGAAUUUGUCUGGUGCGGCGCUGAUAAGCAAUAGUGCGGCAGCCGGAAAUGCGUCCUCGUCUUCGAACUACAGUAAGUCAACCCGCAAUACCUCGAACGUGAUGAAUAUGUUGACUAUGACGCAUCAAGGGCACACAACCACAGCUCAUCACGGUACCGUUUACGAUUUCAUCGAGGCUCAGCAAUGUCAUGCGGCGGGACAACAUGCCGCGCGUAGCGGGUCAUUUUCUACUGUGACACAAUUAAAGUCUGUCGACCUUGAAUGCACUUCCGCGAUGAAUGCACACUCGGGACAUCAGGGCUCUUUGCUACUUACACUCACCAAAUAACCCACUUGCAGAGGCAUCGAUUUCGUUUGCUCUAUCUUCAACCCUAUUUCCAAGAACAUCAAAUUUUUUCGUGACUUUUUUGCUAUCGCUUAUAGUCGUGAUGUUUUUCUUUUUGCGUAAGGCUAUUUUCGCCUAAUGAUCGAUGACGUCGGAUCGGCGGUGCCGAUCAUCAAUAUCCUCGUAUUCUACAACGUUCAUGAUCAAAGUAGUACAAAAUUAAGAAGAAGGAGGUCAUCGUUGAAGUUGAUGUAAGUACUAAUGAAAUUGGUCCCUAUUCGUAUCAAGCGGUCAACUGGACGAAGUGGAAGUUGAUGUUGGGGUCGCCUCGCAUCGCUCAGCUUUAGUUCCUCGUAUCUCGCCGACUGAUGCUGAUACUUCACAAUGCGGCCGAGCAGGCGCAACAGACGACUCAACAUGUGAAAAAUGAUCAGCAUUCAUAGGUGGAGUAGGAUGUGAUAACUUGUUACUUGCCUGCCUCUGCAUCCGCUAAAUACCUAGACGAGCUUAGCAAGCACGCGCGUAUCUUUGCCUUGUAUUAGAAAUCC